GCCGAGACGAACAGACACACACACUUACUCUCACACGCACUCGUUUUUCUUUGCCUGUAAACAGACACACACUUUAUACACAACUGCACAGUUACACACUCUCAACUCUGAGUCAUUACAUAAAGAAAGGAUACAUUGCUUCCUCUACUUUGCAACACUUUGGAUACUGAAGAUAUUUUUGCCUCUUGGACAAGAAUAAAAGGACAGUAACUGGAGACAGAAAAGAGGAAGACAUGAAAAAAAACUGAAGACGGGGAAGGACGAUCUAAAACUACAAGAAAGACAAAGAAAUAAACAAGAGAAAAGGGAGAGAGAAGAGACAAAACCAGAGAGAAAUAAAAGAGGACCUGACAACCAACAGGAGAAUGUCCUUCCUGUCUGGCUCGCCGUGGCAGAAGCCUGGUGUUAUAAGCGCUAGCAGCGGGUAUGGACAACCUUCCAGUGGGCAUCAACGGCAGCUGCAGCAUCAACAACAGCAGCAGCAACACAAAUCUCCUAAUGUCCUCUCUGGUGCCAACGUCCCUGCAGUCCUGGCCUCUCCGCUGUCACCUUCCAGCCCAGCCUCUGCCCAGCCCAGUGACUGGCACUGCCAAGGCCAGAUGGCACUGGGGGGGCAGAUUGCUGUGGUCACCACCCAGAUGGGGUCCAAACUAACUUCAACUGAAGAUGAGGUGACAUUAGGGAGAUGCAGGACUGAGGGGACAACAGCAGAGGCAACAUCAACUCAGAGUGUCAUCAUGCCAGCACUGAAGAUAGAGGAUGAGGAGCCCAGAUCGGGGGGGCUGACGGAGGAUGGACACACAUCAGGAGGCGCAGGGGUAGGAGGCUUAUUGGGGAGUGCAGGACAAAGCCCCAGCAGCCCCCUGUCUUCCUACUCAUCCUCUCCAUCCUCAUUACCCUCCCCUUCAAUCUCAUCUGGGAGGUCAUUUCCAGGUUCUGCCCUCGACCCUAAACCUAUUAUAACCCCUAACUAUGGAAAAAGCAAUCUGCAACAAAAUUAUAAAGGUAGCAAAGAUGGAUUUUACAUCCAAGGAUUUCAAGUAAUUUCUCAAGACCAGAGUUUGCCUCCUCCUCCAAAACAAGCCUCUGGGCUUGGGGAGAGAAACAUAUUGGACCCUUCCAUCGCUGCAGGUACCACUUCAAGUCUAGAUGAUGAAAAGGAAUCUGGUAGUUUCACAUGUGGAGGCCUUCUCGGAAGUGCUAAAGAAAAUUUAGUAUCAGGUCUGAGUGGAGAUCAAACCCUGAAGGCAUCUGUAGGGAAGAAAAGUGUUGAUACUGCUGGUAGGGCUUUGCCUACUGCUGACCCAACAGGGGGUAAAGCUGGUGCCCCUCCAGGGCCCACAGCAGGCUUACCACCGGCCUCAGCUAACAGAGCUAAUGUUAGUGUUGGGGUGGGUGUUGUAGGGGAGAGUGCUAUGGAGAGACAAAACAUUGCAAUCUCACAGAAUUUAAACAGUGUUGAGGAAGGUAGAGUGGUACCAUGUGCUACAUUAAAUAAAGAAACAAAAACUAGAGAGGGCAGCCAAUUGCCACAGCGGACUACAGUUAGACGUGCGAUGUCUGACUGCACACAUCUGUCUGUUCCCAUGGUAAUGGCUGGAAUGUACCCCACCAGUAUUAGAGGCUCACCAGCGAUGAUGUCUAAUGUACCAAAUUUUGCCCUGAUCGGUUCGACAUGCCCGCAGAGAGUGCCAUACCCACACGUUGCUGUGCGACGCUCCUUCACUGUCAUGGACGGUGCCGAGGCGGCUGCUGCAAUGGCGACAAUGAUGUCAUCCCAGCUAAUGGCGUCACCUGUAUUGCCGUCAUCCCCACCCCCUAAGAGGCACCAUGGGAGCUGCGAGACCAACUUUUUACUUGCAGUUCCACCCCCGGCGGUUAAAAGCAACCAAGAAAGCAAACUUGAAACACUGGUGAAAUCUGACAACAAGGACAAACAGCCGAAGAUGGACAUCAUGUCCACGAAGACAGAGAAGACUGAAGCUUUCGACAAGAAAGAGAAAGAGGAGCAGCAGAAGAAAGACAAUGUGCCGGACAAGAACCAGAAGUCUGAGAAGAUUCUCAAAGACGAGGAAAAGACGGAGAAGAUGAAUGUGGAGAAGAACAAGGCCAACGAGAAGGCAGAGAAGGUGGACAAGCCAGAGAAGACCAACAAAGACGAGAAGAAGGAAGAGGAGAAGAAGCUAGCUGAGAAGAAGGAGGAGAAGGGAGGGAAGGGCACAGCCAAGUCCCCAAAUAGCAACGGCAGCAAGACCCUGGCAAGCUCAGACAGCAAGAGCAAGCCUGACAUGGGUGCAACCAAACCAAACUCCACCAAACCCCGUCCAUCCACCCUCUCCACCAAUGGCGAGGCCACCUCGACCAAACACCCCUCCCCCACCCCAGCCUCAACUAAUAAAAAAAGCCCUGUAGCCAAGGCGACCACACCUAACGCUGCCAAGCGGCCGCCUACUUCUACCAAGACUCCGGACAAUGGCACGGCUGAGAAACGCCCACCUGUUCCAAAGGCCACAACCACACCACGUGCAGCUGCCAAUAAGAAUGGCUCCUCUGCGACCCCUGCAAGCAAAGCUGCUGUCAACAAGAAUGAAAAGGCUGAGAGCAAGACGGGAGAGGCCAAGAAACCCAAGACUACAGCCCGUCCUCGCCCAGCCUCCAACACCACUCCUGCUACUCCGGCUGCCUCCACCAAUGGUGACAACGCCAGUCACCGCCGCCGGGUCCUUACCAAACCCCCUGUGCCCAAGCAGGUCCCAAUGGAGAAGAAGCCGCCAGUGCCCCGUGCUAAUCGAACCCCUCGGCCUCUCAAUGCACCGGACCUGAAGAACGUCCGCUCCAAGAUUGGAUCCAUCGACAACAUCAAGUACCAGCCCGGUGGAGGAAAGGUCUCCUCCACCCAGAACAACAAGACAUCAGACCCCUGCACCCCUGCAGCCAAGGCCAGAGUUCAGAUAGUGCACAAAAAGUUGGACUUCAGCCAUGUCACGUCUCGCUGUGGCUCCAAGGACAAUAUCAAACAUGUCCCUGGAGGUGGCAAUGUGCAGAUCCUGAGUAAGAAGGUUGAUGUGAGCAAGGUGACCUCCAAAUUAGGCUCUAAGGACAACAUCAAAUACAAGCCAGGUGGUGGUGAUGUGAAGAUUGAGUCCCAUAAGCCAAACAUUAAGGCUAAGUCUAAGAUUGGAUCUCUGGAUAACGUGGGGCCCGGCAACGGACAGACCAACGGACACAAGGAGGAGAAAGCAGAGGAGAAGACAUCUUCACCCCCAAGUGGCACUCCAGCAACAGGACCAGCGGGCGUUGCCAAGGCAACAGCACCUGGAGGUGUUGCCAAGGAGAAUGGGGCGAAGGAGCCCACACCUUCUCCUUUCGGGGGUGAUGGACUGAGGGAGCCCCUUAGCAUAGACAAGCGCAUCACUGAGACAAAUUGAGUCCCAGUGACCUGUAGAGUUUGGUGGGACACGCAUGCCCCUCGCCGACCUGCCAAUCAACAGACCAACCAACCUACCACAGCGCAGUCACUUCCCUGUCGCCCCGCCCUUCUUCUCGCCCACCACAGCACCAAACUGAACGAUCGCCUCUCAGUGUUUCUCUGGGGUCUGCUUGCCAGCCUCCCGCUACCAACCCUGACCUCUGACCUCUCGACAUCCUCGGGGUGACCUUUGGCCUCACCUGUAACAGAGAACAGCACUUGCUGUUUGUCUUUGUUUCUCCGUGUGGGAUUCCACCAGCUUCUCCACUCAUAAAACUCCCUGUAAGCACUUAGAUGACCUCAACCCCUAUACCCCCCCCAACGCAAUAAAACCACUAUCAUAGUCAAUGCUGUAUUAACUUUAUUGAGCAUAGCCAGGUUUUUCAUAGAAUAUUUCCAUUUAUGAGUCUAAUUCUUGUUUAAACACUUGUACUUGUGGCCCAAACACCCUCACAACAGAGUUUUGAGGCUUCACUCUGCUCCAGCUUUCACAAUUCAAAACCACUUUUAUCUUUCAAUGUCCCCAGUCCUUAUCCAUUUAGCCCUAGAUCACACUAACCAGCUGAUGGCUUGCUAGCAGCCAGCAGCAGGACAAAGACUGUCAAGUCUGCUUUAAAUCAACACAUUCCAGCCUCCCAGGCAGCCAGCAAUUAUUUCCAAAUCUAUAUUAUCUACAGCUCUGCACAAUGUCUGAUUAUUGAUCAUUCAGAUAUAAUCUUACAUUACUUCUCUUGGUAUCAUUGCACCAGUUUAUCUCUAAGAGUUUAGCAUAAGAGUAGAUUAAAGUAGAUACGGAAAUUUAUAUGAAGAAGGUCAGUGCAGAAGGUUUUAGGACGUCAGAUAAUUCCUGUUGUGUUUCAAAAAAAGGCAUUCAUUGGCAGUACUUGCGAGGCACUUUAAAAGUUACAAUAAAGUGAAUGAGUUUGUGAUAGUCAUCAAGGAAGGUGGGCGUAAAGUUAUAGGGGAUCUCCUGUGCUUCUGGGUAGCCUUGGCUUGAAGAUGAUUUGGCACUGAACACAGUUAUUUGAUACUGGAGCCAAAUAUUUUUCUAAGUUAAGAUGUGUUUGACCUUGAAGGAGUGAACCCUGAUUCAAGCUGAGGGAGUAAUACUGAACAAGAGCAGCUAACAGUUGAUUAUUAGUGUUAGAUCUUGCAAGCUGCUGCACCCUUAAUUGAAGUAAUGUGAUAGCAUUGAUGCACGGUGUAUUGUAUGUAGCACUUUUCUUGUUGUAGACAUUGUGAACCACUUCGCUGCAAGCUGCAGUUUGAAGUCCAGAAGACACCACAACUUAAAGUGGUGAGAUGUUUUGGCAAAAUCACUUAACUUCAGCGGAUAAUCAGUGGUUUGUCUGUGGGCAAAGAAAAAUCAUGCAAAUGUUUCAUACUGAGUUUUACUUUGAGCUGUGAAUUCAAAAAUGGUUUUAAGUUUUCAUAUCUUUUUUUCAAAAUCUGUUUUUAUUUAAGAAUCCCCUCGCAGAGUAUAAACUGACAUAGGAGAGGUCGGCUUUGCAGACACUUGCGACAGAGUAGUCCCUGCAUCUCCGAGCCUCUAGAACCAUGCUGUGGAUGAGUUUACGUUUUGCCACUUCCUGGUGUGACAGGGCUUCAAUUCACAAUAACACAAUAUCUCGAAUAUCUGUUGGGCUUAACAGAGAUGCUAUUUGGAUAUGUCAGCACUGCAGUACUCUUCAGUUUGAAUUAAUGAAAGUAUUAAAAAAAGACAAAAAGCACCUUAUAUUUAAUAUUAUAUUAAAAAAUAUAAAACCGUGUCACUUACAACCCGCCAACUUUAAAUAAGCUCAUACAUGAAUAUGCCACAAACCUAAUGGGCACUGAAACGUUUAGUCUUUUCAGUAUGUCUGUUUCUGCCACAGUACAUGUAACUCUCUGUUCUCCCACACCAUAAUAUUUUGAUUCUAGCACUGUCUGAUCUCUCUGACAGCGAGACAGAGACCAAACCUCCCUCGUAUACUUCAGUCCCACUCAUACACCUGAACAGAACUCCCCUAUGAGGGGAGGGACCCCAGCAGUCACCCUGAGCUGUGUCUAGUAUUUAUAGCCCACAUGUGGCUAUGGACAGACAGACAAACAGACCGCACCAUCCUCUUGCGCAUGUGGCACUUCCUGGUCAUUUGGUCUAUCCCAGUGGGAUUAGGUCCUCCCACCAGCCAGUGCGUCUUAGAAACCCACUCUGUGAAACCUGCUAACUUUCUUCACACAAACACACACAUAAAUAAGCACAGAUCCAUCCAUGAAAGCACACACAUGCUUGUUAGUGUGCAUACACACACACACACACACACAAACAGAAAGCAGCCCAUAUACACAUAUACAGUAUGAUACACAAACACAAGGCAGCACCCUAAAAUAAAAGCGGUAUACUGCUCAUAAAGACAUUUCUCUGUUGUAGAAUGAAACCAACUCUUUAUUGUGUUUUGGUGGUCUAUGCUGAUAUUGUUAAAACAAUGAUGAGCUGUGUCGGUGUGUUGUUCCUGCCAUAGUCAUUGUCUGACAUAGGCUCACCUCGUGCUGUCUCAUUUUUGUCUAUUUCCUCCUCCAGUGUUCCACUCCGACAUUGUUGAAAGCUGUACAGUGAUCUUAGCUGUGAACGCUUCCUGUUACCCGUUCAUACAUAUGAGGGACAGACAGACAGACAAUGACCACAGAGGUUGAACAGGUUAGAAGAGCAGCGAAUUUACUUGCAGGAAGAGCCGUCAGUUUAAGGGAAUAAUGUUACAUUCAUGGCAAGUCUGAAAUUAUCUUUGCAACUUUUACGUUAUUUACUUAUUUAUUUAUUAGAUACUCUCUAGUAUCUAGUUUAUUAUCCAGUUGAACUUACUAAAAGCUACUACCAAGCCAAUUUAGGUUACUACUGCACAGCAGUUUCUAGGUACCUGUUUCUCUGUAUACAGUAGUGUAUAUAGAUGGACGCAAAUAGCUUUUUAAAAUGCUGUUUUUUUAUACACUAGUGAAGCCGUGUUUGUACUGAUAUCAUAACACUGGAGUUACAAUGGAAAUGUUCAAAAAGAGCUAUUAAAAUUCUUAAAUUAUUCAACUUCACUGGACGCAGCUCCAAAAUGCCAUGAAUGCAGCAGUAUUUCAGCGAGGCAAAGAAGGGCCUGCAAAUACGGCAGCUGGCACCAUCCACAGGUCUUUCUAAUGAACAACUCUUUCCUUGGCAAAUAGAGAUCCACAUUUUAAAUGAUGAACAAUUUAAAAUAGUCAUAGCACACAAAAUCAAAUCAAUGAUUAACAAGAAAUAAGCUCUAAGUUGUAGGGAAUGUUAUUUUUGCAGUUUCCACAAUUGUUAAAUGUCUUCAAUGAUCUACCAUGGAGAAAAGGGGGGACUCGCAUUUUUUUUUGUGUCUGUCUUUAUUAUUCUAAUAAAUCACCUAGUUUGGGCAUUUUAGAUUCUAUUAAAACAACACUGUGAUGUGACUUUAAUUUACAGAACACAAGCGUUGUGAUGUGUCACACCAUUAAUAUAAAUCUAAGCAGCGUCUUUAAGGAGACGGCCCUGUCUAUUCACUGUAAUUCUAUGCAUUAUGCACUAUAGGCCGGGAUGGACUCCACUGAAACUAUGAAGGAUUGGUGACAUGUUUGUGGUGUUUUGCCGUACCUGUCAGAUGUGUGAAGUGUUGCUACUGCAGUCAUCCUGCAGAGAGUGUUGCUUAGCUUCUGGAACACUGAUAGUCUGGCUCUGAGACCAAACAAAGGCUGGCUGAGAAACCUCACAUCACCAUUAAAGGAACUACUGUAGAGUAACACGCUGUUCUCAUUUAAACUAGCUUUGAUGGCCACACUAUAUUAUUGUGUCUGGAAUCGUACAGCUAUCAAAACCAUAUGAGUAAUGUACAGUUUCCCCUUACAGCUCUAAAGUCCUGUGCACUUUGAACACACUCUUGAUACACUGAAGCGAUAUAAAAGUUGCUCAUAUUUAAUAUUGUACUGUUGCUCCAAAUCAUCGUCAUGAGAUGCCUAAAAGUAAAGCAUGACGUGGAUCAUAUGUCAAAAAAAAAUGAGUGGAUCUUUCAUCAGGAAAAGAAGAACAUAGGUAUGAACGCUCUUUGAUAGGCGAUAGCGGUGGUUUGUGUGUAUAGAAGUAGGAAGAAGUUCUAGUCUUAGCGUGUGUUGGAAGCUCAGUGAAAAGCAUCAUAUGAUGGAAUGAGUUCAAGUUGGGUGACACAAUGGUGACCCUUUACUGUUUCUUGGUCAGCUUCAUGGGUUUUAGUGGUACUUUGGCUAUUUGUGUUGUGCUGUUGGUAUUGAUGGUUCAACACUGAAAUCUCCAGUCUGCCAUCACGUUGUCCCUCUUAACAUUGAUAUUGGGCAAGUUUCCAUGAAGUUCGGGAGCUAUAGGCUACAAGAGGACUGGCAUCAAGGCUACCUCCGCUACAGCAUCAUGAGUGUUAUGGUUGAAUUUCAGUCCUCUAGCAUGUGGCAUGUUAAGUAAUGUUAAAAGGCGAAGAUAGCAACUUGCAGCAACUUCAUUUUAAUGAGUUGCCUUUGAACCUAUGAGGUCUCCUUCCUUGUAACAUUGUGUACACAGGAAGUGAGUGAAGCCAGAUAGACAGCAGGUUUUGGGUGUUGGUGAUGAUAAAAAUUGUGAUUCUGUUUUAAAAUGUAUGAAAUCUACUGGCCAAAUUCAAAAAAUAAUCAACAUUGAUUCUGCCUCCAAAAUCUUAUAUCAGUUGGGCAAUACUUCAUAGUCUAUGCUAAAGCAGCAGCACAUGGAUCUAUCCAAUAGAAGCAAAUAUUUGGUCCCGAAACAUCACUUUAGAUAAGGGAGUUUAACACUAAUUGCACUAAUUAAGUUAGGUAUAAAGGUAAUGUUGCAUCUUUGUAGCUUGGAUAAAAAGGAAACAACCAGAUUCACUCAGAUAUCCAUUCACAAAAGUUUGAUUCUCCAGUUGAAAUGCUGGAACACCACCUCCCACUAGUACGUCAAACUGUCCCUUUUGUGUACAGAACAUUCAGAUUCAGACCCCUUCACCUUUUUUAAACAUUCUGUUGUUUUGCAUCGUCAUGCUAAAAUCCUACAACCGCUAAAAUAUUGAAUACCUAUAACAUUAUGGGCUAUUGAAUAUAGAUUGAUGAAAUGAAAAAUGAAUUUACAUAAUUUUAGCAUAAUGCCGUAUCAUAUCAAAAUGUGAAAAGAAAUAACUGAAGGGUUCUGAAUACUUUCUGAAUGCACUGUAUUUACAACCAUGUUUUUAAUCAUUCCAGAAGUAACUCAAAUAAAUGAAAAUCAAACAAAAAAAAGAAACUUACUUACAGGGUGGAUGUUGACAGAUGAGGUUUAACAUCUGUAAAACUGCUUCUGUUAAGAUUCAUAAUGGUAUUAUUAUAAGAUUGAAAGCAUAAAAAAAAUAUAUACUUUUUCUUUUUGUCAGUUUGCCUUUUUCCCCGCCAAGAAAAGGGCUGCUGAUGUUUCAAGAAUGUUUAAAAAUAAAAAAUGUAUUAAAGACGCAAAAUUAUGAAGUCAUGUAUGAGGUAUGUCUCUGUUCUGUUUUGAAGCUACUGUAGGUCACAAAUAGAAACGCUAUUUUCUGGAUUCAAAUUGGUCGGAAGGGAGCCUGUGUGUGUCAUGUAUGACGAAACUGUCACAAGAAUCACAGGUUUUCAGAAUUGGUUGGAGAGCUUCACUAAAACAGAAGUAAACUUUACUUUGAAAUGCUCUACAUGUCACACCUGACACACACUGGUCAGCCCUUUAUUCUGCCCAGCCCCACCUCCACUUAGACUAACAGUAAAGAGACUUAGUCUUUUGGCAUGUGGUAGAAAGUAAUGUUCUGUGUUAGAUAGCUCCUAUGUAGACACCUUGACAUACCUACCAACUGAGUGAAUUAAGGGACGUUUGGAACCAAAUUACAUUAAAAAAUGUUUUGACUAUUUUCUUUCUUAAAAGGGGCAAACAUGAUUUUAAACUUGCCCUGUCUUUUAAAAGAUUGAAAAGACAGCGCUUAUCACUAGAAAUGUAACUGUGACUUAAUACAAAACUGUGUUGGUAGAUAUGUUAUCCAACUGUGUCUCCCACCUACAGGGGCUUCACAGCACUGAAAAGUAGCUUUCUCCGUUUGCAGCUUCCAGAUAGACCAGUCAUACCAACAUUCCAACUUAGGAGCAGGAAAUUCAAUCUUUGUGUUUAAACUGCUUUGUUAUGUCUAACUGUUGUAUUUUGUUUACUUUUACUUUUGUUUUUCUGUACUUAUUCAGCCACAUGUUCAAAUCUGCCAUCAAAUAACUGAGAGGAAACCGGCAAAAACAAUCUACUUUUCAGUCCUGUGGAGUGGAUCCACUGUAGUGUGCUGUAUUAUACUGUAGGGCACAACACCAUAACCAGAGCAUGCAGACAUCAACAAACUGCUGGUUGUCAGAGGGAUUUGUCCUAUUAGAUAGAGCUCAUCUCCCCCUGCAAUUCUGAAUAUUUCGUAUGAAAGAGGUGUUCCUUGUGAUUAAUUGUUAACCUGUGAUGUGAAUAUUAAUCAUGAAAUAAAAAGAUAAGCAAAAGAUCA